AUGAAGAACAAACAACAGCAAAAACUUAUUGAACAAAUCAGAGAGGAAGAGCAAGAGUAUUCUAGUGAUUCUGACAAGGAAAUGAUUGACGAAGUUGAAUAUAACGAGGAAUCAGAGGAAGAAAUACCAAACGAAAGUGUUUUAGAUAGAAAUGAAUCUAGAAAACAUUAUUCCGAGUUUGAUACUUCUUCAUCGGAUGAGGAUGAAAAUGAAUAUAAUGCUCUUUCUAAAUCGUUAGCAAAGAAGCAAAAAGUAUCUGGCUUUUUUCCAAACGAUGGAGAAGAGGAAGAAACAAUGAAGUCACUACUUUCUGGAAAUCAAGUACAAAUGUCAAGUGAUGAAGAAUCUUCAUCGGAUGAAGACGAGAAUGAUUCAUUAAAUGUACAAAAACUUAUAAAGAAAGCUACACACAUUCAUGAUGACGAAAGUGAAGACGAAGAUAUUCAGCUUUCUGAUUUGAUUUCUGCCACUACUAAACACUCCGAUGACACAAGAGUUAGUGCAGACAAAACUCAAAAAGAGUUACAAAACAUUGAAGAAUUGAAGAAAAUUGACAAGCAAUUCAAAAAAGGAGCUGGAUUAUUCUAUGCACUUGAGGAUACAGAAAUUCAAGGAGAAGAAAGAAGAGCAGCUUUUGACAUUGUAGAUGAAGGAAUGGAAAAAUGGCAUACUGUUGUUGAGAAUGUGGAAAAUGCAAGACAUGUGCCAAUAAUUUACAAGCAUCUUAGAGACAAGACAGAAAAAGAAAAGAUUUUAGAAAAAGGUAUAAAAGGUAGUGGCGUAUUUGAUGACACAAACGAAGUGGAAAUGUUGAAAUCGUUUGAAGCCACUAAAAAACAACUAUCAAACAUGGAUAAAGAAGCACUUAUGGCAAGACAUAAGGAAGUUUUGAAUAAGAGAAGAGAAAUGGAAAAGUUGGCCAGAAAGAAUAAAUGGCUAAAAAACAUAAAGAGUAAGACUUAUAGAAGAAUUCUUAAAAAGCAAAAGGAAAAACAAAAGGAAUUAAUAGAAGAAGAGGAAAUGAAAAACAUGGACGAAGAAGAACUCAAACAAAAAAUAAUGAAACGAGAAAGAGAAAUGAUUACUGAAAGAUUGACUAUGAGACACAAGAAUACAUCCAAAUGGGUUAGACAUGCCAUGAAACAUCAGUCUCACAAUGAUGACCUCAGACAGUCUGUUGCUGAUCAACUUCAAAUUCAUACAGAACUUAUCAAAAAACAGACGAAAAAAGAGGAAAAUCAAAGUGACGAAGAGGAAGAAGUUAUUGAAGAAAUUUUCAAAAAAGAAAGAGAAUCUAAUCCCUUUGAAAUGAUGAGACAAACCAUUGCUGGAGAAGAAAACAAAGAAGCCAAGGGUUUAUUUGGCAUGAAGUUUAUGAAGAAAGCAGAGGAUAAAAAGAAGUUAGAGCAAAUGGAUCUUGUUAAUCAAAUGGAAAGAGAUGUAGAAAUUCAUUUAGGAAAAAAUGUAACUGAUAGUGAAGAGGCUUCUGGAAGAAUGCAAUUCUCAAAAACUUCAAAAGGGUCUAAAAAACAAGAAAAUGAUUCCAGUUCUGGUGAAGAGGAUAACUCUAUUGAAUCUAAAUUUGAAAAGAAUUCUUUUGUUAUUCCAAAAUCCACUCUCAAGGUAUCAAGUAAUCAAACAAGCGUAGCAUCCAAUAAUGUUCCUCAAACAACAGUACUGAACACAACUAAAAUUGAAAGCAAGACUUUUGGGCAAACACCACUCCAAAACAGUGAGGAAGUAGCAACAACAAGUAUUUCCAUGAAGAGAAAAAGGACAUCUGUAAAGGAAAAUCCAUGGCUCAACAAAGCAGGAAAAACAAAGAGCAGAGAUAGUGAUGAUAUUACAGAUACUGUGAAUAAGAAAAAGAAGAAAUUGAAUAAGGACAUUGCUACCAAGAUUCUUAUUGACACUGAUGAUACCAAGAUUGGCAUUGAUUCUUCAAAUAAUAAUGAACAAGAAGAAAGUGAGGCAGUAGUUAGCACCAGUAAAAAGAAUAGAGAACAAAUGGAAUUUGAGAAGAAGGUGAAGCAAGAAGCUUUUGCUGGGGAUGAUUUAGAAUUACAAUUUGCAGAGGAAAAAGAUAGAGCUAUUGACGAAGAAAUUGAUAUGCCAGACUUGUCAACAACAUUUAAACCAGGUUGGGGAUCUUGGGCUGGUUUUGGUAAAGAAGAACAAGUAAAGAGAGAUUUGGAAAAGAAGAAGAGACAAAUAGGAAGACUUCAAAAGAAGAUUAGAGAGCAAAAAAUUGAUGAACGUUCAGAUUCUAAUUUAAAUCAUGUCAUCAUUAGAGAAACAGCCAAAAUCCCUGACAAAUUCCUUAUUCCAGUACAUAAUCAAGUGGAAGCUGCCGUCAUAGAUGGUGCUUUUGCACAUCCUCUAGGUAUGGAAUGGAACACCCUUAAGGGACAUAAGACUCAAAUUGCUCCUCGUGUUAACUUGCAAAGUGGUCAAAUUGCUAAGGCUUUGGAUUAUGAAACCAUGCAAAUCAAAUCAACCAAGACACCAAAUGAUCCUUUACUAGAUGUAAAACAAGCUUCCAAGAUUGAAUCAGCCAAGGAGCAAAGAUACCAAAAGUUGAAAGAUAGAUUGAAGGAUGACUAUGAAACAGUCAAACAAAAGAGACAAGAGGCUAGAGAGGCUACAGACAAGGAAAAGGAAGAGAGUAGAAAACGAUACAAUGCUAGGUGGGAAAAGGAUUCAGACGAAGAAUAA